ACCCUUUCUUCAAAUUUGGAGAAACCAAUAUAGAAGAGUAAUUUCAUGGAGGCUGAAGUGCAAGGAAGAAAGGGAAGACGGGUGUUGUUAUUUCCAUUGCCCUUGCAAGGCCACAUAAACCCUAUGCUUCAACUAGCAAAUGUCCUUCACUCAAAAGGCUUUUCUAUAACCGUUAUCCACACCAACCUCAAUAACUCUCACAAUAUUCAAACAAACUAUCCUCACUUCACAUUUCACUCUAUUUCUGAUGGCUUAUCUGAAGAUGAAAAAUCAACAACGGAUGUCUUAUUUCUUCUUUCUUUGCUCAAUGAGAAAUGUGUUCCACAUUUCGAAGAGGCUUUGGCACAGUUAUUGUUGGAAGAUCCCAAUAAUAUUGCUUGCUUAAUAUCUGAUGCUAUCUUGCACUUCACUAGGGUUGUUGCUGACAAUUUUAAGCUUCCUAGGCUUGUUUUAAGGACCGGAGGAGUUUGUUCAUUCUUGACUUUUGCUGCCUUCCCACUUCUCCUUCACAAAGGUUAUUUUCCUCUUCAAGAAUCUCGACUAGAGGAAGCAAUUGAGGAACUUCCACCACUAAGAAUUAAAGACCUUCCUGUAUUCAAGACAUGUAACAUGGAUGCACUUUAUGAAGUAAUGAGAGGAAUGAUACGAGAAACUAAAGCUUCAUCUGGCCUGAUUUUGAAUUCAUUCGAAGAACUUGAACAAUCGUCGAUGUCUAAACUCCGCGAGGAUUUUCCUAUCCCAAUUUUCUCUAUAGGCCCGUUCCACUCGCACUUUCCAGCUUCUUCCAGCAGCUUGAUGUCACAAGACCAAACUUCAAUCUCUUGGCUAGACACAAAAGCACCUAACUCUGUAAUUUAUGUGAGCUUUGGAAGCAUCGCAACAAUAGAAGUUAAUGACUUUGUUGAGAUUGCUUGGGGCUUGGCAAAUAGCAAUCACCCUUUCUUGUGGGUGGUUAGGCCCGGGUCAGAAUGGGUCGAAUCAAUAUUACCUAGUGAGUUGUUGGAGAAAGUACUGGAUGGAAGAGGAUACAUUGUCAAGUGGGCUCCACAGCAACAAGUGUUGGCGAAUCCUGCCGUUGGAGCGUUUUGGACUCACAACGGAUGGAAUUCAACAUUGGAGAGUAUUUGUGAAGGGGUACCAAUGAUUUGUAUGCCAUGUUUCGGUGAUCAAAUGGUGAACGCAAGGUACGUUAGCAAUGUUUGGAAAGUAGGGGUGCAAUUAGAGAAUGGCUUGGAGAGGACAAACAUUGGGAAUGCAAUUAGAACGUUGAUGGCGGAUGGGGAAGAAGGGAACCAAAUUAAAGAAAGAAUGUUACGGCUGAAGGAGAAGGCAAAUUCAUGUCUAAAGUCAGGUGGCUCUUCUUAUGAGUCUUUGAGGAGCCUUACUAGUCACAUCUUAUCACUUUGAUCGAUCAUGUUUAUCAUCUGUCGAUGGAUGCUCACUCCAACUUUUUGUCGGGAUCUACUAAUUAAUUUGACAAUAAAAUUCAGGAUUUUUCUUGAGCCGAGAGUGUAUUGCAAACAAUCCUCUACCCCGCAAAGGUAGAAUUAAAGCCUGCGUAUAUCCUAUCAUCCGCAGGUCCAUUUAUAGAACCACACUGGGUAUGUUAUUGUUAUUGAAUAAAAUUCAAACUUCUUAUCUA